GCUGGUCUUGAACUUCUGACCUCAAGUGAUCCACCUGCCUUGGCCUCCCAAAGUGUUGGGAUUACAGGCAUGAGCCAUGGAACGUGGCUACAUGUGUGUUAACUUCUAACCUUUCCCUGCCCAGAUAGGAUUCUCAUGACCCACGCAUUCCACAUCCUGCCCCAGGCUGAUGCAAUCGUGGUACUGGGAGAUGGGGCCAUUGUAGAGAUGGGUUCCUACCAGGAGCUUCUGCACAAGAAGGGGGCCCUCAUGAGUCUUCUGGAUCAAGCCAGACAGCCAGGAGACAGAGGAGAAGGAGAAACAGAACCUGGGACCAGCACCAAGGACCCUAGAGGCUCCUCUGCAGGCAGGAGGCCGAGCUUAGACCUGAGAGGUCCAUCAAGUCAAUCCUUGAGAAGGACUAUACUGCUUCAUUAGCCCAGAGAGGGGUUCCACUAGAUGACCCUGACAGGACAGCAUGGCCAACAGGAAGGGACAGUGUGCAACAGCAGGGUAAGCACCAGACUGGCCCACUGCUCCCCCCCCCCAGGGGCCCA